AUUAAAUUUCUAGCCAUUGCUGGAGCAGGAUUCUUUACCGAUGGAUAUAUCAACUUGACCAUCGGACUAGUGGUCCCUAUGUUGGGAUAUCUCUACUUCCAGGAGAGCGACUCAGAAGUCCCGUCAGUCAACAGCGAUAUAAUGAAGGGAGGACUGAGUCUCGGCAUGAUCGUGGGCCAGGUCCUCUUCGGUCUUCUGAGUGAUACCUGGGGUCGUCAGGCUGUAUAUGGCAAGGAAUUGAUGGUCACCCUGCUUGGGACGUUGCUGGUCAUCCUGUUGCCGUGGAAUGGGCUUUCCAACCAAGAUAUCACGGCCUGGAUAUCUGUAUUUCGUGUCCUGACGGGUGUUGGAAUCGGAGCUGACUACCCCCUGUCAUCUGCACUGUCGGUAGAGAGUGUCUCUUUAGGUACAAGAGCAGUCAAGGUCUUGUCCGUGUUUGCCUUUAUCGGUGUGGGCAAUUACGCAGCCAGCAUCGUGUUCCUUGUCCUUCUUAGGGCGUUCAAGCCUGCGGUCUACAGUAACGUCAAUUCUUUAGAAUGGGUUUGGCGGCUGUUGCUUGGAAUCGGCAUGGUCCCUGCGGCGUUGACUCUGUACGCGCGCUUGACCCUGCCAGAGACGAAGCCCUAUACAAAGUGUAAGUCAUAUAAAUCAAUAUUAAAUGUUGCCGGUGAGGGCGAGAGGCGAGACUUUCGAAAGCAAUGGCAGGACUUUCGCGAGUAUUUUGGUCAAUGGAGACAUGCCAAAGUGCUUUUUGCAACUUGUGCCACCUGGUUUCUUUUUGACAUCGCAUACUACGGAAUAAACCUCAACCAGAGCGUCAUCCUGAAAGAAAUCGGAUACUCCACCGGUCCAGACGCAUGGACAACCCUCUGGAACACCGCCGUCGGGAAUAUCAUCGUGCAGUCUGCUGGCUACCUCCCCGGCUUCAUCCUCGGAAUCCCCCUCCCAGACCGCAUCGGACGAGUCAACCAACAAUUCUACACCUCAGCCCUCGUCUCAAUCCUCUACGCCAUCUGGGCCGGAAUCAUGGCCCCCUCAGUAUCUACCUCCAAAGCCGGACUCAUGACCAUGUUCACCCUCUGCCAGCUCGUCAUCUGCAUCGGGCCCAACUGCACGACAUUUCUCAUCCCAUCGGAGGUAUUCCCCACUCGGGUCCGCGGCACAGCACAUGGGAUAUCGGCCGCCGUGGGGAAGGCCGGUGCUGUUCUUACGGCUUUUGCGUUUGGGACUGUCACGGAUAGGAUUGGGUUAUCCGGGGUUCUUGGGUUGUUUUCGGGGCUGAUGGCUCUGACGGCGGGGAUUACGUUGAUGAUUCCCGAGACCAGGGGGAAGAGUGUGGAGGAGAUU